AUGAAGAUCAACCUCGGAGUAAAUAUCCCCAAGCUCCAAAAAUGUUGUUCCCAGGUGCAGGACAAACUAACUCCAGUGAAGAAAAAUAUAAUGAAGAUUUUCCCUGAAGACCCAGCAGGACCAACAGCCUCCAGCCCUCUGCAUUCUCCCUCUCCAUCCUCCCAACUCCAACCUCUAGCCCCAGUAAAUUUCCAGACCACUUUUAACCCAACCAGCUACCAAACCCUGCCCGCCCCAGCCAGCUGCCAGUCUCCGCUGCCCUACCCCAACAGCCAACCCAUUACCUUCUAUGCUGAAGAGUUUCAGUUGCCAGUGGCUUCUGCCGGUACUCCCCGGUGUGCACCCAAUUUCUCUCCAGAAGAUGUAACCUUGCAGAAUCUGCUCACCGCUGUCACAGAGUUGACGAAGGAGGUGAAGGACCUGCGGCAGGACUUCCGAGAGUUCCGCCAGUCCUGUAGGUGUGGCCAAAGUGCUGGGGUGGUGGGCUUGACUGAAGAGCCACUGAAACUGCCUCUGCACAGCAUGGAGGAGCUGGAGAACGCAGAGGUGAUACUCCAGUCCCAGGAGACUAGGAAGGCAAUGGUGGCCCGCUUCACCAUUAUUGGGGGGACCACCCUGGAGAUCAGGGUCCGGCGCAUGCUGGCAUACAGCAUGACCAAUGAGCUGGCCUCAGGCCUAAACUGGACAGGCAAGAAAAAUAAGGAUGUGGGCAAACAGAAGCGGUCCUUUAAAGAAAUGGCUCUCUGCAAAUGCAUGUUUGAUGCCUUGACUCAACGUCUGACAACGGCAAACGCCUAUGACUUCGCACUUCGCUGCGCUACGCCCCAGACUGAGCGGGAGGAGCUGGAAGACAGAUGCAGCAGUUUGCAUGUUGAAAGAAAAAGAUUAAAUAACACAAUAAAAAUUAUUGUUUAA